UUCCAUUUCGCACCACUUCACUUUACAUUUUUCUGUUGAUCUUCCAAGAUUCCCCCGGGAAGGGGAAAAAAUGGAAACUUUUUACAGCGAUUUCUUCACUCGCCAUUGUUAAAUAUUCUGGAAGUGAAAAAGGAAAACUUGCUAACCAUGGAAGAAGAUCCAACGGCGAGCAACCGCAGGAUGUUGUCGUCUCGGCAGAAUCUUCCGGCGUCGAUGGCCCGAUCGAAGGUCUCGCUCGAGACCCGUAUCAAUCGUCUGAUCAACGCCAAUCACUACACCUCACCGUCGAGGCCGAUAUACUCCGACAGGUUUAUACCCAGUAGAUCCGGUUCCAAUUUCGAGCUUUUCCAUCUCCCUCCGUCGUCGCCCCACAAGGACGGGAAGGAAGAUGGGUCCGGUUCGUACGCGAGUCUCUUGCGGGCCGCUCUGUUCGGACCGGAUACGCCAGAGAAGAGGGAUGUUGUCGGAUUCUCUCCGUCGCGUAAUAUUUUCCGGUAUAAGACGGAGACUCAGCGGUCUGCGAAAUCGUUCUCGCCUUUUGGCUCCAAUGAGGCUCCCGGUGUUAGCCAUAGCCCGGUCAAGCCGCCGAGGAAAGUUCCGCGGUCUCCGUAUAAGGUAUUGGACGCACCAGCUCUGCAAGAUGAUUUUUACCUGAAUCUCGUGGAUUGGUCUGGACAUAAUGUUCUUGCAGUGGGACUUGGAAACUGCGUGUAUUUAUGGAAUGCUUGUAGUAGUAAAGUAACUAAAUUGUGCGAUCUUGGAGCUGACGAUAGUGUUUGCUCUGUUGGUUGGGCGCCUCGUGGAACACAUCUCGCUGUUGGAACUAGUAACGGGAAAGUACAGAUAUGGGAUGCAUCACGGUGCAAGAGGACAAGAUCAAUGGAAGGUCAUCGUCUACGAGUUGGAGCCCUAGCAUGGGGCUCAGCUGUUCUGUCUUCAGGUAGCAGAGACAAGAGUAUUCUUCAAAGAGACAUACGGGCUCCCGAAGAUUAUGUUAGUAAGCUAUCAGGGCACAAAUCUGAAGUCUGCGGACUAAAGUGGUCUUACGACAACCGCGAGCUAGCCUCAGGUGGAAACGACAAUAGGCUUUUUGUAUGGAACCAACAUUCAACUCAACCGGUUCUGAAAUACUGUGAACACACAGCAGCUGUUAAAGCCAUCGCUUGGUCUCCUCAUCAUCAGGGGCUUCUUGCUUCGGGUGGCGGUACAGCCGACAGAUGCAUUCGUUUCUGGAACACGACGACCAAUUCUCAUUUAAGCUGCAUGGACACCGGCAGUCAGGUGUGCAAUCUGGUUUGGUCUAAAAAUGUAAACGAGCUCGUCAGUACCCAUGGAUACUCCCAGAACCAAAUCGUCGUCUGGAAAUACCCGAGCAUGUCGAAAUUGGCCACUCUGACCGGUCACACGUACCGUGUUCUUUAUCUCGCCGUCUCACCAGAUGGGCAGACGAUCGUGACCGGAGCAGGGGAUGAAACCCUGAGGUUCUGGAAUGUCUUCCCUUCGCCGAAAUCUCAGAACACAGAGAGCGAAAUCGGGGCUUCCUCUUUCGGUAGAUCAACGAUAAGGUGAAAGGACCGAUGGCAAAUGCAAAGGCUAUUCCAUUAUUAACCGAGUUGGUCUUCUCAACCAACUCGGUAAUGUUAAUAACUCGCGAGUUGCGGGAUCAGUGGUUCUUGCAGAAUCGUUUUCCCGUGUACAGGUCCGGGGUGCGUUCUUGAAGAGUUGUUGUCGAUUAGGCUGAUUUUAUUAUUUGUUUAUUUGUUCAUUUGUUGUAAGCGUUCGUCAUAUUCUUCCAAUUUCAAAACCAUAUACUAAAAUUCGCCAUUCUGAAAUUAUGAGCCUGAGAUAUAGGUAGGCACAUCUAUGGUUGGGUUUGACUAUU